AUGGCAGCUGCCGCCUCCGAUUUCAUGGGCGUCCUCCAGAUCCUGUGGGAAGCACUCCAUCUCCCUGUCAAGGCAGGAACCCUCUUCCUCUACCUCCUCCUCCUCACCCUCCUCUCCUCCUCUCUCCUCUUUCUCUCCGCCUACUCCAUCUCCCCUCUCGUCCUUGACCUGGUCUCCAAGCUUUCUCCCCUGUUCAGGAACCCCAUCGGCCCGGAGCCCCCUAACCUCUUCCACGAAAUAGAGAAGGACCUCCGUGACAUCGCCAGCCUCACAUCCGGCGUCGCCUUCGUCUUCUUCUUCGUCUCUCUGUUCCUCAUUGUUGCCACCAUGUACACCUUCGCCAUGGCCUACACCAACCGGAGCUUGUCCCCCAAGCAGCUGCUGCUCCGGGUCGGCCGCCGGUGGUACCAAACCCUGGUCACGCGGCUCUACGUGGUGCUUCUGACCCUUGGACUUGCACUCCUGUCCUCGCUCGUCAUCGGCACCCUCAUGCUGGUCUCCCGUGUCCCGACGGUCGCCACCGCAGGUGUCGUUGCAGUCCUUUUGUACCUCUACCUUUCCACAAGGUGGUGUACGAGCCUCGUCAUCACUGUCGUCGAGGAGACCUGGGGGAUCGGCGCCCUCUCCUGGUCGGUCGAGCUCUUCAUAGGCAACAAGAAGAAAGGGACCAUACUCACCCUCAUACUGAAGGUGGUAGAGACGGCGAUCUUUGGAGCCUUUGGUCUCGCUUUAGCGUCGCCAGGGCCGCCUCGGCCGCCGGAGGCGCAGAUGAAGCUCUGGUGCAUCGUGGCAGCUGCGACUGCAGUUUGGGAGAUCUAUGCCAUGGCUGUGUACACAGUGUUCUAUUACGAGUGCAGGAAGAGCCACGGAUUGGAAGAGGUCAUGACGGUGAAAGGGGAAUACAUCUACACCGGCUUUCCCGCUGCUGUUGCAGUUAAAGUCGACGAAAUAUAUUGA